AUGAAACAAGCAUUUUUGCAAGUUUCGCUCAACGAAGAAGAUCGAGAUGUUACUCAUUUUUUCUUUACCGAUGACCCCUUGGACGAAUCUAUUGCACCCCAGGUUUAUAAAUUUACUCGCGUUCUAUUCGGAAUCAGUAGCAGUCCGUUUUUAUUGGCAGGAACUUUGAAAUAUCAUCUUAAACAGUAUACUGAAAGAUAUCCGGUGACUACAAAAUUUUUAAAUGAUAAUAUUUAUGUCGAUGACAUCAUCUGUAGUCUUGCAUCUGUAGAUGAAGCCUUAUCUCAUACAUUAGAGUCCAUAGCAAUUUUCGAAGAUGCUAGUUUGUCACUACACAAGUGGCGCACUAAUUCGAAGACCCUACGCGAAUUGUGGAAAAAACAUGGAGUGAUCUCGAGUGAUAAUGCUGAACCCCUCAAAGAAGAAAAUAUGACUUACAAAGUCUUAGGUAUAGCAUGGGACAACUUAAAGGACAUUCUUUAUUUUGAUGUUGGAGAUCUAGUCAAAUUUGUUUCUAGAGGAACUGACACUAAACGCUACGUGCUCCAGGUCUUAGGACGCAUCUUCGAUCCUAUCGGAAUUUUAGGUCCUUUUACAGUGAGAAUUAAAUGUUUGAUGCAACAGAUUUGGGCGUUACGUAUUGAUUGGGAUGACAGAUUACCCGAAGAUCUAAGUUCGUUAUGGAGAAGCUGGUGCGAAGAAGUUCCUCAACUGACGGAAAUUUCAAUCCCACUCCACUAUUUUUCCGAAAACCUAAAUAUUGAUAUCAAGACUCUUGAACUUCAUUUCUUUUGUGACGCAAGUAUGAAAGCAUUUGGAACAGUUGCCUACAUGCGUGUUUUAUCUCGAAAUGAAGACGUUCGAACGGCCUUUGUAGCUUCUAAAAAUAGAGUUGCUCCGAUAAAAUCUCUUACAUUGCCUCGGCUGGAGCUCAUGGCUGCAGUAUUGUCAGCAAAAUUAAGUUUUAAUAUUUUGAAAUCCUUGAAACGUGACAUUCCGUGCUAUUUCUGGUCUGACUCGAAGAUAACAAUUUUUUGGAUAAAAGGAAAUCCUGAAAAAUUCAAACCUUUUGUCAAGAAUCGGAUUGAAGAAAUUCGAGAAUUCACAGCACCUUCAGACUGGUUUUUUUGCCCCGGAAAAGUCAACCCUUCAGACACCUUGUCGAGGGGAGCAAAAGUUUCUAAACUGCUAGAAGAUCCAACCUGGCUGACAGGACCGCAGUGGCUAAAAAAUUCUCCAGAAUACUGGCCGAAGUCAGAAAAUGAUGAAGCAAUAAAUACAGAAGAAUUGGAAUACACAAAGAAAUCGGAGGAGAUCUUUCAAUGUGAAUGUCUUGUUGAAGAAAAGGAAAAUGCAAUCAACAGUACUAAAUUUAGUAAUAUGGAGAAGUUGGUGAGGAUUACAGCUUGGGUGAAGAAGUCGAUCAUGAAAUUUAGAAAGAUUUCUAAUAUAGAAAACACAUUGACCGCUGAAGAAUUAAUAGAAGCUGAGAAUCAUCUGAUAAGAUUAGAACAGAAGAUCUUUUUUAAAGAAGAUUACGAAUCCUUGAAGAAUGGAGAUCCGAUUCAAAAAGACUCUGAUUUGUUUAACUUUUUGCCAUUCAUGGAUGAAAAAGAAAUUAUCAGACUAGGAGGAAGAUUAGAAUUUGCUGAAUUAUCUACAGAAGAAAAACAUCCUAUUAUUCUUCCAAAACGGUCCUGGCUGACAUUUUUAAUCACAAGAAGAGAACAUGAGAAAAUGAUGCACGAAAUGCUUCAAACACUAAUCGAAGGAAUCGUCCAAUCAGAAGAAUACACUCCUUCUGGUAGACUUUUAUGGGUGGGUAACGGAACUCUUCGUCAGCCGGACUUUUAUGUGACAGUCAGAAACGAAGGCGAUAAAAAAUCCACACUCUUGACAACGUUACAUAAUUUCGUGCUCAGUGAUCAGUUCCAUUGGAAGAUACCGUUGAUGAACCAUCCGGAUAUUCUCAACGAUAGCACCAAAGCUAAUUGGACUAAUCCUUACUACUUCUGUGAAUCGAAGAAAUGGCUCAUAUCUUACACUAAAAUGGUGGUUGGCACGUCCAAAGAAAGCCCAGCUGGAGAUAGGUAA